AACUGCCAUUCCUAUUCUUGCCAGAACAGGAGAGAUACGGAGAUAGCGAUUGGUCUAGUGAUUCUAUAAUAGAACGUCCUUUGAAGCCUUCUCCAGGGAGCGGUUUUAUUGGCGAGUGAGUCAGACGUUGUGCGCAAGUGCGGAAAGAGUUGGCCGUGGCCAUUCGAAAGCGACUUGGCGGCUGGCGUUCGAGAAGCGCCGGCGAAGAGAGGCGGAUAUAUAAACUCUGCACCUUUCCAAAAUGGAGAAACCUUCGGUCAGUUUGUGGGUGAAGAUGGAGCCUUUCAUAGUGGGAGCAUUGCAAAUCCCUCCUCCUUCCAAGUUUAGCAUGCAUUAUCUUCGGAAAAUGUCAACCUAUGUCAGAAUGCGCUCUGGCCAAGGCUAUUAUCCAUACCUUACCUGGUCUAUGUGGCGACACAUUGCUUGUGGAAAACUGCAACUAGAGAAAGAGCUGGCAUGGCUUUACUUUGAGUCGUUUGACAGUCUUGUUGAGAAGACUUCAGAGGAACGACUAGAAUGGGCUGAAGUGAUAUCUGGCUGCGCAACUGAGGAAGAGACAGAGAAGGAAAGGAAUCGGUUAUUCGUGGAUACUCUUCAGUUCCUGCUAUUCCUUUAUAUUCAGCAAUUAAACAAGGUUUCUUUGAGGACAUCCUUCCUUGGAGAUGAGUGGCCAAAUCCUAAAUCUCACAGUGGGCUAAAAGAAUCUACCAAUCAGAUUAAGAAUUGGAAUGACAACUACCACCAUGACUUUGUUGAAAACCAUCUCCAAGAUCUUCUGGAAUUGUUACUGGACCCAGAUCAGCUUAGUGCCUCCUCUCAUUCUAUGCACAACAGCCUGCUAUCCCCCAAAGCUGUUCAAGCUCUUAGUUUCCUUAUUGAAGGAAGUGUGGAUCAAAAUAGGACUGUCCACCCUCUUCAUGAACUUGCACUUUGGCAGCCAUUGCAUGCCAAGAGUGGCUUCUCGAAACUUUCCAAAGCCUUCUCCUGUGCCAAAUUCGAAUCAUGGUUGAGGGCUUGUCUGACUGGGAACCCAUUUGGAGCAACAGCCUGCCUCACAUCUGGAAGAAAGCUUGCAUGGGCGCAGCAAGUUGAAGGAACAACUAAACGAGCUAAAAUAGCUUGCAAUACUCACAUAGUCCCUUCAGUUCAUCGUGUGAUUGUGAUGAGCCAGGUUUACAAACAAACAUUAGCAAAGAGCUCUGUUACCCUAGAAGAUACUCAUGUGAAGAUUCAUCGGUGCUGUGAAUCUUUUAUCUAUUUACUAUCUCCACUGAGGUCUGUAACCAUAGAAAAAUGCAGGAAUAGUACCUUUGUCCUUGGCCCAGUGCAAACUGUAGUACAUCUCCAUAGUUGUGACAAUGUCAAACUUGUUGCUGUUUGCCAUCGCCUAUCUCUGUCAUCUACGACUGGUUGCACUUUGCACGUUCUCACUCCAACCAGACCUCUUAUAUUAUUGGGUAACCAAGCAAUAACUUUUGCUCCCCUCCAUACCCAUUAUCCAAUGCUUGAGGAUCACAUGGGCAGAACGGGCCUAGCUACUGUGCCUAACAAUUGGGAUAAUCCAAUGAUAGUAUGUAAAGAAAACUCUGAUCGGGAAGUAUUCAGACUUCUCCCACCCUCAGAAUUUUACCCCUUUGUUGUUCCAUUUGAAAUGGAGGGAGACACAACAGAAAUACCUGGUGGUCUGCCAUCUGUAUAUCAGAAAGCACUGAGCCAACGGGAACAGAGGAUACGAAUCUGGCAGAAAACGGUGAAGAAAGCAGAGUUGACCAAGAAUCAGAGGAAGACUUUCCAGAUGUUAGUGGAGAACAAAUUCUAUGAAUGGCUAGUCCACACAGGCAGCCGUCAACAGCUUGAUAGCUUGGUACUUCCUGCUGCAGGAUCUAAACAGGCAGCAGGAUAGGAGAACCCUUGAAGCAACCAAAUCAUCAGUUCUGGAGAUGCACUGUGCCAAGUGAAAAGUAUUUCCCUCAUAAUAGACUGGGGCCAACCUGAAGUUUAGAAACAUGAAUUUGCUUAAUGGCAUUAUCAAGAAGGAAAUGGACGUUACUGCAUAUUUCAUAUCAAUUGCUCUGGAUCUUUAUCGGAGGAUCUUGCUAUUAAUACUUCACUGUAUACUUGAGAGAAAAAUGUAAAUUCCUAGCAUAUUUAAAUGUGCAGGAAAAGGUGUUAUUUUCCUGAUGUAAAGAUAGUGGUACUGCUCUGAUUGCUGGGUAAUUUUUUUUUGUUAUUAAUUAAAUAUUGUUUAUAUUAAUGUUUCUAAAUAUAUUUUUAUAUCGGUUGUUUAACACUUAUGGGAUGAAAUGUAAUUAAAUUGACACAAUGAUA